AAACAUUAUUGUUUUUUAUGUGGUAAUUAAAAUAUUAGCAAGACUUGGGCGUUGAAUCUUCUGUCUCUUCAGCUUCUUCAUUCUUACACAAUCAUUAAUGCUUUCUUUCUUACCUGCAAACAAGUAAAGCAAACACUCUGUAGUCUGUGGUGCUUCAAAACUUACCUCUACUUCUCAGAGAAACAUACAGAUCAAGCCAUCAAGCUGUACUUGUAGUUAUCUGUUUGCUUCAAGCUAGACUAUGUUCAUUGAGGGUUGCUCUUAAAAACUUUGAUUUUUAUAGUUGUUUGUUGUGUGUGCGUGUGUGUGUGUGUCUUUUUUUUGUUUCCUGAGAACGCUUAGAAGUUUCAUUCUUUAUCUUUUCUGUUUCUUUUUGUUUCCCUGUUUUCAUUAUUGAGUUAUCGAUUAGCCUUGCUUUUAUGUUCAGUAUUCUCUCUGCAAAACUAGAUUUUGUUCGUUAAGCUUUUCUCUUAAAUAUUUGCUGAAAUAUUUUGUUAUAUAAUGUUGUCCACUUCUUUUUCUUUCCUUUCCCUUGCCUCCUAAGCACCCUUUACUUGUGGCUUUACUUGAGAAGGAAAAAAAAAAAAAGAGAGAGAGAGAGAGAGAGAGAUAGAGAGAGUGUGUGUUCAAGUGUUUAUAUGCAAUGGCUGAAGAAAUAGCUAUCAGUACUGCUGCGGGACUUGCAUCGAAUGCUACAGAGUCGGUAUAUGAUUUGCUUAAACAGCAGAUAUCAUAUGUGUUCAAGUACCAGAGCUACAUCAAUGACCUCAAAAAACAAGUUGAGGAUCUCAGAAAUAAAAGAGAAACAGUAGAGAAACCUGUAGAGUCGGCUGAAAGACAGGGGAAAGAGAUUUAUAAAGCUGUAAAGAAAUGGCUGAGUGAUGUAGAUGAGUUCACUGAAAGGGUAGAAAAGGCCAUCAUUGAGGAUGAGGAUGAAGCAAACAAGGGCGGCUGUUUCAAAUUGGGGUCAUGUCCUAAUUUGAUUCAACGUUACAAGCUUGGAAAGCAAGCAAUGAAAGCCACAAUGGAUGGUGCUGAUUUGCUGGGGAAAGGCAAUUUUAGUUGUGUUUCCUACCGUCCUGCUCUACAGAGGACAGAAUCCAUGUAUGUUAGAGACUAUGAGGCGUUUGAUUCUAGAGAGCAAGCUUUUCAGGAAAUUAUGGAGGCAUUGCAGGAUGUUAAUCUUAACAUGAUUGGGGUAUAUGGGAUGGGAGGCGUGGGCAAAACCACACUGGUCAAAAAAGUAGCUUGGGAAGCAAAGAAAAACAAGUUAUUUGAUGAGGUGGUGAUCGCCGAGGCAACACAAACCCCAGACUACAAAAAAAUUCAAGAAAAAGUUGCUUAUGAGUUAGGCCUGGAAUUUAGGCAGGAGGGAGAAUAUCAGAGAACUGAUCUAGUACGUGACAAGAUAAAGAAGCAGAAGAACUUACUAAUAAUUUUAGAUAAUAUUUGGACAAAACUUGACUUGGAUAAAAUUGGAAUUCCCUUUGGUGGUGUUGGGAGAGAAAAAGAUGAGAAGAUCAGGCCAUGCACAAAAGUUGACUUGGAUGCAAUUGAAACUCCUCUCGGUGAUGUUGAAAGAGAAAAAGAUGAGAAGAUCAGGCCUUGCACAAUAUUGUUGACUUCUAGAAAUCGGGAUUUAUUAAGCAAAGAUAUGAAGACUCAGAAGGACAUAUUCAUUGGUCCUCUAUCUAAUGGAGACGCGUGGAAUAUGUUUUGCAAGAUUGUGGGUGAUGCUGCUGAAAGCUCUGAUUUUCGUCCUGUAGCAGAUGAGAUUGUUAAGAAAUGUGGCGGUUUGCCGGUAGCAAUUUCACUAAUUGCAAAUGCAUUGAAAAAUGGGAGUCUUCAUGCCUGGGAUGAUGCCUUGGCUCAACUAAAAAGGUCUAAUCCAAGACAUAUUCUAGGUAUGAAUGAAACUUUGUAUUCUAUGACAGAGCUGAGUUAUGAAUUUCUGAAAAAUGAGGAAGCUAAAUCAUUAUUUCUUCUUUGUGCUCUCUACAAUGUUGGUGAUAGUGUGUUUAUUGAUGACCUAUUAAAAUAUAGUAUGGGUUGGAAUUUGUUUGAAGACGUUUAUACGUUGGAAGAAGGAAGGAAUAGAUUACACAGGUUGAUAGAUCAUCUCAAAGCUUCUUCUUUAUUGUUGGAUGGUACCUAUGACAAUACAGUUAAAAUGCAUGACAUUAUUCAUGCUGUUGCUGUAUCAAUUGCAUCAUGUUAGAGCUCGUGUUUAUGUAAAGAAGAGAGGCAAGAGAAACGCUAAUGCAAUUGAGCAAGGUGAGAAGAUGAUAACCAAUGAUGUCAACACAGGUGGGGCUGAGAAAUUGAUAUAUGGCACUGAUAAUGUUAAUACGGGUGGACAUGCUGAGAAAUCAAUAGAUGGCAGCUUUACAGAAACAACACAAGUCACAGAGCAGCAGCAAGAAAUUAGGAGUAUGCAGAAAAAAGAGGAACCAGGGAUGUAUUGUAUGCUGAGUUGGCGUAUCAUGAUUGGAAGGGCAGUAGUGAGGGGAGCAUGGUAGAAAAAGGGAGCCUGGAGAGCAGAGGAGGGGAGGAAAAAUCAUUUUUGAA